AUCAAAAAUUCGUGUGUACUUGAUAUUCAUUUUCCUGACCAUAAAACAGCUGCUCUUUUAAUUCAUAAAGAGUAUACUAGCGUUAUUACUAAUAAAUUACUCAAACUUGGCAUUGAUCUUAAAGAUGAUUUUAACCCUUUGGACCCUUCCUUAAUAGAAUAUCCAAAAUUAGCUGAUUUAUCCAAUGCAGAUCGCGAAGCUAAAAUCCUAGAGGUGCAUCAUGGCUACUUAAUGAAAGCAUUAACUUUCAUCCACGCACCUGUUAAAUUUUCUGUAGCACGUUGUUUCUAUUUGAGAAAAAAAUUACACAGGAUGAGUAUGAUCAAAUCCACGCCACAUCCCAAACCCAAUCCCUGCCACCAUCCAAUCCUGAAGCAGCAGCAGUUGCUGCUUUACAACAAUUAG